AACCAUAUAUAGGCACAAAUCUUUGACAAUGAGAGCAUUACCCCAAAGCACUCAAUGGCUAGCCACAAAUUGGUUCUUCUCCUUCCAAUCAUUGAACUCUUUACCAUCACCACCGGAUAUGUCAUGGCUUCACCUCCAGCUGUCAAAGCUGCGUAUUGGCCUUCUUGGUCUCAAACUUUCCCCCCUUCAGCCAUAGACACCACUUUGUUCACACACAUCUUCUAUGCCUUUCUCUUGCCGAGUAAUGUCACCUUCAAGCUCGAAGUAUCCGAGUCAACUGCUUCCCUGCUCAACAAUUUCACUAGCACCCUUCAUCAGAAAAACCCACCAGUGAAGACACUAGUCUCAAUUGGGGGAGGUAGUAGUGAUCCAAAACUCUUUGCUAGAAUCGUGUCAAAUAAAGGAUCACGUAGCAUUUUCAUAGAUUCAGCAAUGGAAGUGGCGAGAAGACAUGGAUUUGAUGGGCUGGAUCUUGACUGGGAAUUUCCGAAGAACCCAAAAGAGAUGGUUGACUUGGGCCAGCUGUUUAAAGAAUGGAGAGUUGCUAUCAGAAAGGAAGCCAAGUCCACCCACCGGUCUCCUCUGUUGCUCACGUCUGCCGUCUACUUCUCCGUCGACUUUCAAUGGGACGAGACCUACCGGAAGUAUCCAGUGGCAUCCAUCGCCAAAAGCUUGGAUUGGGUUAAUGCAAUGUGUUUUGAUUAUCGUGGUUCAUGGGACACUUCGGCUACAGGAGCUCACGCGGCAUUAUACGAUCCUAACAGCAACAUAAGCACGAGCUAUGGGCUUGCGUCGUGGGUUCGUGCUGGUGUGCCUGGAAACAUGGUGGUCAUGGGCCUGCCCCUGUACGGGAAGACUUGGCUGCUUAAAGACCCGAAGGUAAAUGGAAUCGGAGCACCGGCCACGGCGGCCGGUCCUGGAGAUGAUGGCAUCCUGACAUUUUCCCAGGUGGUGAAAUUCAAUAAAGAGAAUGGUGCUACCGUUGUGUAUGAUGCCAAAACUGUAUCCACGUAUUCUUAUGCCGGGACUUCUUGGAUCGGAUAUGAUGAUAGCCGAUCCACAACUGUGAAGCUAAAGUUUGCUCAGGCGCUUGGUCUUCGUGGUUACUUCUUUUGGGCCCUCAGUUAUGAUAGCGAGUGGGAAAUCUCAAAACAAGCUUCGAGGGCAUGGGUCAUUGGAUAAAAAGGUUUGGAGCUUUCUAAUUUCCAGGAGGUUGUGGGAUCUCGACUUGAAGCCACGAUGGAAAAUGGAAGAUCUAAUUUUAUUUGUGUCCCAAAAUAUUUGAUUAGUCGAGUUAAUAAAAGUAAGAUUAAUCGUGUUUCAAAUGAUAGGCACUGAGAUUUUAGUUUAGAACUACUAUUUGUUUUUUUUUUAAUUACUCGAUUAAAAUGUUGAUUAAACGACUUUCAUGCGUGUAUUUGUGGAAAUAGAAAUAAGAAAACCACUCUUCUGAUUA